GAGGGCAGAGACAAUAAGCGAACGCCUUCUUCUUUGCUUUGCCUUUUCCUUUUGAAAAAGCAAAGCAAAAACCAGCCCCUAAGAUUCUUCUUCUUCUUCUCCUUGUCCAAGUUCUUAUUUACCUCUUUUCUCUCUUCCUCUCUCAUAACUACUCAUCGGUCUUCUACCAAGAAUCUCUGCUCUGCUCUGGUAGCAAUGGAUCAGCAUUAGCAUAUUUAUCUGCUUCGGUGACACAUUGUUGGCGAUCUGGGCUCUAUGUGAUGCGGGACGCCAAACACGAGUGACAUCUCACAUGUGGGUAGGGAUGUCAACAUCAGGGGAUGCCCAAUCCAUGACUCUGUGGUGUCUUGCAUCACUAAGCCUUUAAGCUAUGCUUCCGAUUAAAAAAAAAGAAAACACAAUUUGCAUAAGUUGUGGUUGCGUUUAGAGAACCUAAUCUGAAACAAUGACGAAGAUAAGCCCUGAAUUUGAAGUGAAGAUGCAGGCAGAAGAAAUUCUGGAGGUUUCAGCUGAUGUGAGCUUUGCUUCUAAUCAGUUUCCAAAGUAUAAAUUAGGAGCUGACAAUCAAAUUUUGGAAGAGCCAAAGGAGGACAACCUGGGUCCAUCCUUGAAGGAGGUUGUUGAACAGGAAACUGUCAAUCUGUCAGAGCAGCACAAGCGUCUCUCAGUUCGCGACCUUGCUAGUAAAUUUGACAAGAACUUGGCUGCUGCUGCUGCUAAGUUGUCUGAUGAGGCAAAGCUUAGAGAGGUGGCUUCUUUGGAGGGACAUGUUCUUUUGAAGAAGCUUAGAGAUGCAUUGGAAUCUAUAAGAGGCCGUUUGGCUGGAAGAAACAAGGAGGAUGUCGAGAAAGCUAUAUCUAUGGUGGAAGCUUUAGCAGUUAAGUUGACUCAGAAAGAAGGAGAAUUGAUUCAAGAGAAGUUUGAAGUGAAGAAGCUAGCAAACUUCCUCAAGCAGGCUUCUGAAGAUGCUAAAAAGUUGGUUAACCAAGAGAAAUCUUUUGCUUGUGCUGAAAUUGAGAGUGCUAGGCUUGUAGUGCAGAGAAUUGGAGAGGCACUUGAAGAAGAAGAAAGAAAUUCACCAGCUUCUAAAAAACAGGAUGUGGAGGAACUGAUAGAGGAAGUUCAAGAGGGUAGAAGAAUCAAAUUGUUGCAUCAGCCAAGCAAGGUGAUAGACAUGGAACAUGAGCUUCGUGCACUAAGGACUCAAAUUCGGGAGAAAUCUAUAUUUUCUGUUAAGCUUCAGAAAGAGCUGGCAAUAAGCAAGAGGGAUGAGGAGAACAAAUCUUGUUUAUAUGUCUUAGAAGGUUCUGAAAAUCUAGGUUCAUAUCUACGAAUCCGGCCUCGGUCAGAUAAGCCUCCACUGCUUUCAAAAUGUUCAAUCAAUUGGUACCGCUUAUCAUCUGAAGGCAGCUGGAGGGAAGUUAUUUCAGGCGCCAACAAAUCAAUUUACGCUCCUGAACCCUUUGAUGUUGGAAGAGUCUUACAAGCCGAAAUUGUUUCCAACGGCCAAAAAUUCAGAGUCACAACUACUGGUCCCAUUGAUACGGCUGCAGGACUUGGAAGCUAUGUAGAGACGCUUUUACGAAAAUCUAAUGCUGAAUUUAAUGUAGUUAUUUCCCAGAUGAAUGGACAAGAUCAUCCAUCACACUCUGUUCAUGUAUUUCACGUGGGAAAGAUGAGGAUAAAGCUCUGUAGAGGAUGGAUUACGAAAGCUAGAGAAAAUUAUUCAUUGUCAAUGCAGCUAUGUGGAGUUAGAGGCGAUGGUAAUAAUGCAGCCAAGGCAUUGUUUUGGCAACCACGUAAGGGCCUCUCAAUUGUUUUAACAUUUGAGUCGGAGCGAGAAAGGAAUGCAGCAAUUAUGCUUGCCAGGAAAUAUGCUCUUGAUUGCAAUGUCAUGCUUGCUGGACCAGAUGAUCAAGUAUAGAAGUUAACCUACUGACUGAGAUUUGUCAAAUGUAAGUACAAUCAGGUUUUCGUAGUGUGAGUAAUAUGUGUGCAUUUGUCUUGUCAGAAAAAAAAAAAGAAAAAAAAAGAAGAAGAUUUGCCUUUGUAAUUGCAAUCGGGCUUCCACUAAUAGGGUUGAAUCAUUUUAGGCAUCGUUUUUUUGUGUUUUGCCUAAUCAUUUGUUGUAACAAAGUUGCCACUCCUCUAUUAAUGGGUUCAUUUGUGCUUUGUGACUGAUUUGCAUA